UCAAGUUCCUAAGAAAUCAAAUAUGUAACAAACAGGUAAAGUAGAUACAAAUCUAAAUUUACACAAAUAUAAACAUAGACAUAUAUAAAAUGCAAAAUAUGUAAUUUAGUCAAUAUGAAAAUGUAGAUAAUAAAUGUAAACUUACAAUACCCAGGUGGUGCAUGACAUCAUCCCCAUCUGGGUCCGGCUGUGGGACAGUGAGCAUUGCCAAGGACCUCUAUGCAGAAGGGUGGUGGUGAGCAGUGCCAGUUGCUGGAGACUAUCCUCUGGCAGGCAGCCUCCUGUCCUCACAGGAGUCUUUGAGCCUCUCUAGGCCUUGGUUUCCUCAUCUGUAGAGUAGAAAUAUUAAUAGUGGUACCUAGUGCACUAGUGUGUCCAUGAGGACUUGACUUAAAUGCCCUGAUGGGUGUAAGUACACUUAGAAAGAUGGUCACCCCCAGAGGUGGCUUCGUAUGUGUUACUUAUUAUUGUCAUGAUUACGAAUACCUGAUGAUGGUAAUACACUAUUCACUAAUUACAGUAAUCUAACUAUAGUAUCUAGUAUAUGUCAUGUUAUACAUUAUAGUUCACAUACAUUGUAUAUUGUCAUAUACAUUGUGUAGCAUCAUGUUUGGUAUAUUAAAUACAUAUUGUGUUACAAUUAUUGUUCACAAUGCAGUGUAAUACACAUUGAGUGUACUGAAGGUAAAUGCUGAGAAGUCUUGAGUUCAACACUCCUGGAUGGGACUUUCAGCAAGUCACUCAACCAUGUGGUGCCUCGGCUUUCUCGCCUGCACAAUGGGAACGUCAAUAAGAGUACCCGCUUUGGAGGCAGGUUCUGUGCUAUCUGGGCGCCGCGGUCACCUCUCACAGGCCACGUGCCGCGCAUCCCUAGAAAAGCCUCUGUCCCAGGACUCUGACCUGGCUUCUCUCUGGCUCUCUCCUCCGUCCCCCGGGUCUUCUCGCGGUGCCCCCCUCCAGGACAUCCGGGCCCGCUCAGCCGCCUGGAAGACCGACAACGUGUGCACCACCGAGGCCGGUAAUCGGCCGGAGAACAUGAGGAAGAACCGCUACAAAGACGUGGUGCCUUACGAUCAGACACGAGUGAGCCUUUCCCUGCUCCAGGAAGAGGGCCACGGCGACUACAUCAACGGCAACUUCAUCAGGGGCACAGACGGAAGGCGUGCCUACAUCGCCACACAAGGACCACUGCCUCACACCUUGCUGGACUUCUGGCGCCUGAUCUGGGAGUUUGGGGUCAAGGUGGUCCUGAUGGCCUGCCGGGAGACGGAGAACGGGCGGAAAAAGUGUGAGCGUUACUGGGCCCAAGAACAGGAACCGCUGCAGAUUGGGCUUUUCUACAUCACUCUGACAAGGGAGAUGUGGCUGAAUGCAGACAUCAUGCUCAGGACCCUCCAGGUCACCUUCCAGAAGGAAUCCCGCUGUGUGUACCAACUGCAGUAUAUGUCCUGGCCAGACAGAGGGGUCCCUAGCAAUCCCGACCACGUGCUUGCCAUGGUGGAGGAAGCCCGUCGCCUCCAGGAAUCUGGUCCCAGCCCCCUUUGUGUCCACUGCAGCGCCGGCUGUGGGCGAACAGGUGUCCUGUGCACCGUGGAUUAUGUGAGACAGUUGCUCCUGACCCAGAUGAUCCCACCUAACUUCAGCCUCUUCAAUGUGGUCCUCGAGAUUCGGAGGCAGCGGCCUUCAGCGGUACAGACUGAGGAGCAGUACAGGUUCCUGCACCACACGGUGGCUCAGAUGUUCCUCUCAGCGCUCCAAAAUGCCAGCCCUCACUACCAGAACCUCAAGGAGAACUGUGCCCCGCUCUACGACGACGCCCUCUCCGUCCGGACUUCCCAGGCCCUCGCUGCCAUAGCCCGCCCGUCCGGCGGGAUCCUCAGGAGCAUCUCGGUGCCCGGGCCCCCGGCCCUCGCCAUGAACGACACGUACGCGGUGGUGCAGAAGCGCCCGGCCCCCGCGGGUACCGGGGAGGCGGCGGGCGCGCGGGCGCGCAGCGCGUUGGAGGCGCCGGUCUACAGCCAGGUGAUGCCGCGCGGCCGGCGGCCCCAGUCGCACGCGGAGGACACGCGCGGGGCGCUGCCCGGCCGCGUGCCGGCUGAGCAGAGCGCAGCGGGGCCCGGCGCCUACGAGGACGUGGUGGACGGAGCCCAGAGCGGUGGGCUAGGGUUCAACAUGCGCAUUGGGAGGCCUAAAGGACCCCGGGACCCCCCUGCCGAGUGGACCCGGGUGUGAGCGCUGCGCAGCUGCCUGCCUGUUGCUCCGCAUGGGAGCUGAGGGCCCUGCUCUGCUCUGUGAAGUGUUGGCACUGGGAAUGGGGGUCGGAUCAAAAUAAAGGUUUCUCCGUGUGGGA